AUGCACGGGCCAUGCCGUGGCAGCUUCCACUGGGCGUCUGCAGCCCAGGGCAGAGGUCCAGAGGCCGAGUUGGCCGCCGCCGCUGUGUGUGUCCCCGGGUACCCCCCUACCCGCUCUCCCACUUUGCCACUGGUGACCCUGAACUUGGACGCCGCGCGCGGGCGUUGCGCGCCCCGAAGCGGCGGCGGGGGGGAGCUAGAGACUCGUGGAGAGUCCCGGGAGCCCGCGGGCCGCGCCGGCCGCCCCGAGCUGAGCCGCGGCCGCGGCCAAAAACCAAAGGUGUAUCAAGGUGUCCGGGUGAAGAUCACGGUGAAGGAGCUGCUGCAGCAGAGAAGGGCACACCAGGCAGCCUCGGGGGGAACCGUAUCCGGAGGCAAUGGUGUUCCCCCUUCUGAGCUGGCCCCACCCGUUUCUGCAGGGCUGAUUUUAGAGCCUGAACCAAUUUCUUCUUCCACACCUGAUUAUUUUCCACCCCGAGAAUUUCCCAGUUGUGUUUCUUAUGAAGAAAUCCCAAACUACCUCGACCAAAUCUUCGAGUCCUACCUCCCGCCAGAGCCCCAUGUGGACCCUGCACUCAAUUCCAUGCAAACUGCUCCACACUAUUUCCCGGAGAGCUUCCAGUCCACCACGUCCUGCUUUAACCAGAGCCUGAACCCAGGAUCGCCUUCAGAUUCCUCCACUCUCUCUGGCUCCUUCGACUACAGUUAUUCACCAGCUCAGCUACCUCCAUACGUGCCAGAGAAUUACAACUGUCUCCCUUCUCUGGACACUAGACACUCUGACUAUCCCUCAGACUACGUGUGCCCUGCCUUGCCCUCGCAUGCCCAGGAUGACUGCUUCCUCCCCAGCACCACCUCUGGCUGCUACUGCGCCUCCUGUGAGGCCGACCGCUUGGAUACCCUUCGAGCCGCCGAGUAUUUCUCCUACCCCAGCACAGACUUUGUGGGCUUCAAUCCCUCAGUGGUGGCCUCCACCAAUGAUUUCUAUAAGAGGGACACAAACUGUGACAUGUGCUACAGUUAAUAGAAACAACAUUUGCUUGGAAUAUGGCAUGUUUCUACCCAGUGACAACCUGGAAUCGGCAGCCUGGUAACCAAAUGUCACAAGGACCAUCAUCACCUGUCACCAUUCUCCACAUUCUGACACUAGCUUAGGCAUCCACCCGAAGCCCUCAGGCCCAGUCCUCAAGUCACUUCUACUUUCUAUGUUCCCAGUGAAAAUUCUUAUAGGGAUCGUCCAAUUGUUUCACUUUUUUAUGUCAUGAACAAAUUCUCUCUCUGUUUUUUUUUUUACUAAUAAAUCAUUUU